AAUAAAGUCCAAAACUACAUCACAAGUGUCAUGCUCGUAAAUAUCAUUUCUUUUAAAAACAAAUCGUUUCUAUAAAAAUCCCAAACACGUACACUGUUUCUCAAUUAUCAGCAAGCCACAUCUUUCAAACAACUUUUUUUAAUAUUAUAAUUCACCAUGUCAGGCUAUCCACACCAGCCAUCCGGUUACGGCUACGGCGGACAACCACCGCCACAACAACCAUACGGAUCCUCACCUCCAUACGGCGCACCGCCUCCACCACAGCCCUACGGCGCACCGUCAGCUCCAUACGCCGCACCCUACGCAUCACCAGCCGAUCCCAACAAGCCACUGAAGGACAAACCCCAUGCACUACCUAGCGGCGGCGGCGGCGGCGCCGCGUAUCCUCCGUCUGGCUCUUCAUACGGAAAUCCGUUUGCAUCUCUGUUGCCGUCGGCUUUUCCGGCAGGGACGGACCCUAACGUGGUGGCUAGCUUUCAGAUGGCGGAUCAGGAUGGGAGUGGGUUUAUUGAUGAUAAGGAAUUACAGAGAGCUCUCUCUGGUUAUAAUCAGAGCUUUAGCUUGAGAACUGUUCAUCUUCUCAUGUACCUUUUCACCAACACCAAUACCAGAAAAAUAGGACCAAAGGAAUUUACUGAGAUUUUUUACAGUCUGCAGAGCUGGAGGUCAAUAUUUGAGAGGUUUGAUAGGGAUAGAAGUGGAAAGAUUGAUUCAAAUGAGCUGAGAGAAGCACUGUAUAGUUUAGGAUUUGCAGUGUCACCAGUUGUUUUGGAUUUGCUGGUCUCUAAGUUUGAUAAAACUGGAGGCAAAAGCAAGGCCAUUGAAUAUGAUAAUUUCAUUGAGUGCUGUCUUACUGUGAAGGGUUUGACUGAAAAAUUCAAAGAGAAGGAUUCUACAUACUCGGGUUCGGCAACUUUCAGUUAUGAAAACUUCAUGCUAACUGUUCUUCCGUUCCUCAUAGCGUAGAACGAAGGUUGAAAGUUUUAAAGGUUUUUUGGACUCUAUCUCUCCCUUGUUUCGUAGAAAUAGGCUGCCUUUAGCUUCUGUUCUGCAACAUUGUGAGGAUUUAAUGAAUUUCAGCAUUUGCAGAUAGUUUUUUCAAUGUUGUAAAUUCUUUUGCAUUCGACUUCUGAAAUGUACACAUUGUCCCUGUAUCAUCAUUAAUUAUUCAUUAUAGACUGCUAAGACACUGGUACAGAAUUUCGGAAUGAUUUUGUUGGUCCGGUUAUAGAGAGAUUAUUAAAGAGUGAUGAAACCAAAAAAGAUAAUAGAGCAUGAUAUCUGAAUCAAAGGCCACACAUUAAUUCUUUA